GCCCUUACAGCGUGUGCCUCCCCGCCGUAGCUCCCCACCGAAUCCGAGAUGACCUAUCUCAGAUGGAGGACCAGUUUGCAAUCCUUAUCAUGUUCAUUCCCUUCUCCUUAUGUUUCCAUUUUUCUUCUGACCAUCAUCUGAUUUCGUUAAUUGCCCUCAAUCAAAUUAGUUUCUUUGCCAGUUUCGAACGAGAGAAUGAAAGAUGGACCAUCUGUAGCAACUACUGCUACGAUGACCAGAGAAUCCAUUUCCUUGCAAAGGAAGAGCAGAGAUGAGAUCAAUGGAAUGGUGCUCAGCAGAAUAAUCUCAAUUUCUUACCCUGUUGAGGCUAGAGCCAUACACGCACGCAUCAGCGGAUCUAUGGCUGUGCGAGGCUACAGCAGACGCGAAGCUGGCGGUGGAGCGGGCGAGAUUGUCGGAGGUGCUCUCGGAGGUGCCGUUGGACAUCAAGGGGGCAUCUGGAGCAGACCUACGGCAAGCGACGCCGACAACUCAAGCGGGAAGUCGACGCCAUCGAGGCACGUAAAAGAAGUUAUAAGUUGUUUCAAAUUCUAG